AUGCGGUCAAGAAAGCAGGUCAAUAAGACGAGAGAUGAGCGCCAGGGCAACGGUCAUCAUGCGGCCGUGUACCACGUGGGAUUGGAAGAUGCAACGUCCCGCGACGGACUCUGCAGCUUGGUAUGUCUUAUCGGCGGUGAGGAUGAGUCUGGCGGAUUGGGAGGGCCCAAUAAGAGCUUGGGUAUGUCGGGUAGGAAGGUCCUGCCCGGUGCAGGGGCUUAG